AUGAAUUAUUGCUUUGAAAUUGUGACAGAUAAAGUGAUCCUGAUCAAAGAAAAUAAAACCUGGGAGGACGCCUUGUACUACUGCAGAGAUCACCACCAUGACCUGGUCACCAUCACCAACAUGAAUGAUCAGAUAUCAGUCCAGCAGGAAGCCCAGUUUGCAUCGACUGAUUAUGUCUGGAUGGGUCUGCGUUACACCUGCACUCUGGAUUUCUGGUUCUGGGUCAGUGAUGAGGUGGUCAGAUACAAGAACUGGGCCUCAGGUGAACCGAUGGACGACUGUGACAUGUCUGGAGCCAUGGAGACGGGAGGAGAACAUAAGUGGAUGAAGAAAAAGGAUAUUGAGAAGUUUAAUUUCAUGUGUUCUAAGUAG